UUAUGAAUUAGUUUCUUACAAAAUGGAUGGUUGUGUUUGGCAGAACAUAAAUCCAGCAAUAAUUGCAGCCGUUGAGACAAUGCUAGAGAAGUGGAAAGGCCAGGAAGGGAAAGAGAUCGAAGUGUUUGAACAAUUCGGGUUACUGACUUCAAAAGUUAUAUCUAGAACAGCUUUUGGUACCUGUUACUUGUAAGGGGAGAAGAUUUUUCAAAUGUUGAUUAAAUUAUCAAUACUUGCUAGCAGAAAUUUUCAUAAAUCUCGGAUUCCGGGCAUCAGGUAAGUUAAUUUGUAACCUUCUAAUCUCACAUAGACAUUAUAAAGAUAUGCUAUGAUAUAUGCAUAGAUUUAAAUCCAUAAUGCUUUGUGAGAUAGAAUCACAGAAUCUUCGAGUCAAAUUGAAUAAUAUCUCCCUUAGGUACCGUCUUUACAUUAUUAGUCUAGAGUCAAGAGUUUGUCCCUGAUUUCCAAUAGAGAGGAAAUACUAGAAGUCACUUGAGUGCAAAAUCUGAAAUAUGAUCCAAAAGGAUUUAUUUCCUCCUUUUCUCCAUGUAUAUGGCUUAUACCUUUGUUUGCUUUUGCAGCAAGAUUUGGAAAACUACUGAUGAAAUAGAAUCAGAAAAGCUUGCUAAAGGAAUACAUGAAUGUGUGAUGGAAAAUGGUUAAGAAAAGGGAAGAGAAAAUACUGGCUGGCGCAGCUGACAGUUUCGGCAGUGAUUUUCUAGGAUCAUUUGUAAAUGCUUUCCAUGAUUCGGAUGAGAAAAACAGGCUCUCCAUAGAAGACUUGGUAGAUGAGUGCAAAACAUUCUACUUUGCUGGACAAGAAACCACUAAUUCCUUGCUUGCAUGGACAGUCCUUCUUUUAGCAAUCCGUACAGAUUGUCAAGAGAAAGCAAGACGAGAGGUGAUCGAGGUAUUUGGUGACAAAAAUCCUCAUUCUGAAGGCAUUUCCAAACUAAAAACUGUAAGCAAAACUGCAAUCUCUGACCAUUUCAAUAGUGCAGAUGAACAUGAUCAUCAACGAAACCCUGAGGUUGUAUCCUCCUGUAUCUGCCAUGUCUAGAAACGUUUCAAGAGACGUUCAAUUGGGAAAGCUCAUUAUUCCUGUUAAUAUGGAGGUUAUGGUCCCAAUCACAGCACUUCACCAUGACCCUCAACUAUGGGGUGAUGAUGGGCAUCUUUUCAAAGCAGAGAGAUUCGCAGAAGGUAUUGCGAAAGCUACCAAAUACAAUGCGGCUGCAUUCAUUCCCUUCUCAUUGGGACCUCGAUCUUGCGUGGGUAUGGGCUUUGCAAUCACAGAAACAAAGACUGCUCUCUCAAUGAUCCUACAACGCUACAUCAUUACUCUCUCCCCAGCCCAUAUUCAUGCGCCAUUUCCUCAACCUAUGGUUCAGCCAAAACAUGGACUUCAAGUAAUGCUUCAUUCUCUACAGAGUGAUGCCUAAAGUUUUUAAUGCAAUAACUGCUUCUAUUAGUGUCUAAGAUGGUAAAAUAUUCAUAGUAAGUGAGAAACAGUUUUAAAUAAUGGUGUGAUCAAUGUACAACACACAGUUCUUACCAGCCAUUUUUGGCUCCUGAUUGUGUAUCAAUUCAAGUUUUUAAAUUGGGUGAUCCUUGACUUGCUGUCAAAGCCUUUCAGCUUUAAAUAAUUCGUUUCUCUUUUCCAUAGUUGUUGGCUACUUACUGGCGCAGGGAACCGGGUAACUGGUGGAUUUGUCGACUACUGUAUCCAGAAUGCCAGUUGCAGUAAGAAGGAAAAGCAAAAAACUUGGAGGUUAUUUGAUCACCACGAAGCUGCAAAAGGAUUUCUGGCUCUUGGCUUAAACAAAACGGCAUUAUUUUUUUAAUUAGCCUUCAACUCUUUUCAACAAAGGGGAUUCUAAUCUUACUCCAGAAUAUAUGUGAUUUUCCUAGUGUUAUGGUUUGUAAAUAAUACUUUUAAAGUAAAAGGAAAAAGUGGGUUUGGUGUGUGAAUGAAAAAGUUUGCGUUGUGUCAUUAUUCAUGGCCCUGGAUUAUGUCUAAGGAAAGACAAUUGGGUCCCUUGACCCCUUUAGGAUCUCGUCCGGAUGCUACAGUGGCCUAAAAGAAGCACAUGGUUUUACAACUUUUGUUUUUUUGGAACUCAUACCUGAAUCUGCAAAACUCCAUAACUGUAUCUUGCAUGGUUGUACUUGCAAUAAUUUGGCCUU